AUGGCAGAAAUCCAUGACUUUGGCAUUGCUCCAGUGACAUGUCAUUCUUUUAACAAGGACAGAACAGGUUUGGCUCUGUCACUGAAUGAUUCUGAUGUGAAAAUUUACAAGAAAUCUGGCCCUAAAUGGCAGGAGACUGACACCUUGAGUGAGCACGGGCAGAGGGUCACCAGCAUUGAUUGGGCUCCCAACAGUAACAGGAUUGUUACGUGUUCGGCUGACCGAAAUGCAUUUGUGUGGAUGCUGGAAGGUGGGAAGUGGAAGCAGGUACUUGUGAUUCCACGUAUUAAUCGGGCUGCCACGUUUGUUCGGUGGUCCCCAAAAGAAAAUAAGUUUGCUGUGGGUAGCGGGUCCCGCCUGAUUGCCAUCUGCUAUUAUGAUGUGGAGAAUGAUUGGUGGGUUAGUCGUCACAUCAAGAAGCCAAUUCGUUCAACUGUCACCUGUCUGGACUGGCAUCCAAACAAUGUAUUACUUGUUGCGGGAUCAACUGACUUUAAGUGCAGAGUAUUCUCAGCCUAUCAAAAGGAAGUUGAUGAAAAACCUGGACCUUGUUCCUGGGGAACCAAAAUGCCAUUUGGGGCUCUCAUGGCUGAAUUCAGCAAUGGAGGAGGUGGCUGGGUUCAUUCUGUGUCCUUCUCUCCAAGUGGGGACAGGAUUGCUUGGGUCGGCCAUGACUCUAGUGUUUCAGUAGUUGAUGCUACUAAAGGCAAUGAACUGACUGUUAUCAAAGAGAGUUUUCUUCCCUUCAUGGGGAUUACUUGGAUCACAGAGAACAGCCUUGUAGCAGCAGGCUACGACUGCAAUCCAAUGCUGUUUACCUAUAAUGGUGGUAAAAUUAUCGUGGUGGGCCGGCUUGAUCAAUCGCAAGAAAAGGAGGCAGGGACUAUAAGUGCCAUGAAUCGGUUCAAAAAUUUGGACAAGAGAGCUACAGCUUCUGACACAGUCACAGAGCUGAAGACUCAGCAUCAAAAUACAAUUACUCAGGUGUCGAUCCACACUGGUACGAAGGAGAAUGCCAGCAAGAUUGCUACUUCUGGGGUGGAUGGUAACCUCAUCAUUUGGGACCUCAAGUCUCUGGAGAAAAGUAUCCAAGGUCUACGCAUUUCCUAA